AUGCCCCGUCAUGUCACCAGCGACGACGACGAACCGCUCGAGGACAAGACUGCUGCUCUCUCGCUCCGCUCGAAGCGCACGGGGCGCAUGUGGAAGAAGCAAGCGAAGCGCGACCGCAAACGCGAGGCCGUCCUCACGCUCACGAAGCUCCCAACCGAACUGAUCCUCGAAUGCCUCAAGCUGCUGCAGCCCGGCGAUGUCCUCAGGUUCGGCUUUGUGAACCGCCGCUUCCGCUCCCUUGUCGACGCGAAUGCAGCUGUUCUCGGGGGUGCCUUCCUUGGAACGCGCUACCCGCUCCUCGUCCAAUGCUUCCCCCUCCCGAAGAGGCUGGCCGAAGUCGAUGCCGCCCUCCAGGCCCUGCUCGUACAUCCGAAGCGGCAGAGCCAGCUCGGUAUCCAUCGCAAGCCGUACCAGCAUGUCCCGCCGCCUGACCCCAAUGUCCUCUGCACCUGCCUGACGUGCGUCAUGUCCUGGAACAACCUGUGCCUGGUGCUCGACUUCGCGCAUUGGCAGGAUAACCUCGACAAAGGGGAGCCUAUACCGAUUGUUCCGCGGGGCCAGUCACCACAAUGGAACCAGCAGCUCGUGCAUCGCAACGCGAACAUUGUGCGCCUGGCCAUCCGAGACCCCCUUUGGCAUGCCCGAAUCCUGGAAACGCACCUGGACAGCACGAUACGCUCGAUAAGACGGCAUGCGAAGAACAAGGGAAACAAGAGGAAGCACGUCGAAAUGACCGACGAGGAGGCAGAGUUGGGCACCGACCGCUUCCUGUCGAAGCCGGGACCCUCGAGCUUUGAGUUCCCAUACAUUCGGGAUGAGUACUACUUGCUCGAAGCUUACCUUCCCAACCGCACAUGGAGGACGCCUGAGCAGAAGUGGCUAUACAUCAUAGAAGGCCAGCAUGAACGAGACCUCGGCAUGGUUGUCCACUUUGCAAAAAGGGUUCAAGAGCCGACAUAG